UGUCAGACUUCAUCCACAUAAAAGCUCCGGCUGCCAUUGGAGAAGCCGCUGGCAAGAGCGAACAGGACGCAGACGCAGGAGAUAUCGCAGGAAGGCGCCGACCAACGCAGUGUCCAUCACUUCAGCUGAUGUAACCAGACAGCUUAUGCUGGAGUCAGUCAGUUUUAUUGGAGCAACUUCGUCAUAAAUAUAGGCAGAAGAAGGCGAGAAAAUGGGACAUACCGCAGUAACUAUGCUGAUGGCUGUAUUGUCCUACUGCGUGAGGGGAAACGUCGAGGCUCUGGCCAUGGCCGAGGUGAACGGGCCGAGCCCCCAGGUGGCGGAGCCGCAGAUCGCCAUGUUCUGUGGCCGUCAGCUCCUACACAUGAACGUACAGACGGGCCAGUGGGAGCCGGACCCUCAGGGCCGCACAGGCUGCUUCAAAGAGCCCGGUGAAAUCCUGUCCUACUGUCAAGAGAUGUACCCAGCGCUUCCGAUCUCUCACAUAGAGGAGUCAGAGAGAACCGUCACCAUCCCUGCCUGGUGUAGGAAAGGUUGGGGCCACUGCCAGACUCGCCCCCCCAUAGUCCUGCCCUACCGCUGUCUGGGGGGCGAGUACGUCAGCGAGGCCCUGCUGGUGCCCGACCGCUGCCGUUUCCUGCACAAGGAGCAGAUGGACGACUGCCAGAGUCACGUCUACUGGCACAACAUCGCCAAGGAGGCCUGCACUGCAGAGAGCCUGGAGCUGCACAGCUACGGCAUGCUGCUGCCGUGCGGCGACCACUUCCGCGGGGUCGAGUACGUGUGCUGCCCGGGCCGAGGCAGCUCCAGCGGGAAAGAGGAGGCGGAGGAGAGAGACGCCCCCGCUGCCGCUCAGGCCUUCACAUCCCAGACCGCUGGCAAGAUGGCUUCCGUAACCAGAGUGUCAGCUCCCACCCCAAGUCCCACCCCAGAGACCGACGCGGACGAGGCCGAUAUGGAGGAGGAGGACGACGAAGUGGUGGAGGAGGAGGAGGAGGAGGAGGAAGUGGACGAGGAAGAAGCGGACGAAGAAGAAGCGGACGAAGAGGAGGAGGAAGAGGCGACGGCCGCGAAGGAUCCAGAGGAGUACGACUACCCCAUCGACUCGGGGCCCUACCAGACGUCAGACUAUCUGGACUCCUUCUACUAUGAGAAAAGCCAGAAACCCACCACCUCAGCACCUCUAAUGAAGGGAGACAGCUUGACGACACAGCGGCCGACAGACGGCGUCGACGUCUACUUCGAGAAGCCGGUGGACGACACCGAACACGCCAACUUCCUGCGCGCCAAAACUGACCUGGAGGAGCGUCGGAUGAAGCGCAUCAACGAGAUCAUGAAGGAAUGGGCCGAGGCAGACAACCAGUCUAAGAAUCUGCCCAAGUCAGAGCGACAGGCUCUGAAUGAGCACUUCCAGUCCGUGCUGCAGACGCUGGAGGAGCAGGUGGCCGGAGAGAGGCAGAGGCUGGUGGAGACGCAUCUCGUCCGAGUGGAGGCCAUUCUCAACAACAACCGGCGCCUGGCGCUGGAGAACUACCUGACCGCCAUCCAGUCGGAGCCCCCGCAUCCGGACCGCGUGCUGCAGGCGCUGAAGCGCUACAUGGCUGCGGAGCAGAAGGACCGGAGGCACACGCUCAGGCAUUACCAGCACAUCGUAGCCGUUGACCCCCAGAAGGCUGAGCAGAUGAAGUUCCAGGUCUACACUCACCUCCACGUGAUCGAGGAGAGGAUGAACCAGAGUCUCGCUCUGCUCUACAAGGAUCCGAUCUUGGCCGAGGAGCUGCACAGCGAUAUUCAGGAGCUGGUGAAGGCGGAGCGAGGAGACAUCAGCGAGCUCAUGACCACCUCUUUCUCCGAGACGCACACGACCGAGGAGCUCCUGCCGGCUGAGAGCGAGGAGGAGAAGGACGAUGAGGAGGAGGAGGAGAGGGCCUUCCAGAACCGGCCCUACCCGCCCCGCAUUGAACCACAGCCCAAUAAGAAAGAUGAUGGAUAUGAUUAUGCUACGUCUGAGAAAGGUCCAACCUAUGAGAUCAACACCACCGUGGACCUCAAGCAGGUCGUCAACAAGCCUGUGUUUGAGAUCCUGCGAGAUGAACUGCAACCCGACGCCUUGGAGACGUUCAACCGCGGCGCCAUGGUGGGGCUGCUGGUCGUGGCCGUGGCGAUCGCCAUGGUGAUGGUGAUUAGCCUGCUGCUGGUGCGCAGGAAGCCCUACGGCACCAUCAGCCACGGCAUCGUGGAGGUCGACCCCAUGCUGACACCAGAGGAACGGCAGCUCAACAAAAUGCAAAACCACGGCUAUGAAAACCCCACCUACAAAUUCUUUGAACAGAUGAACUGAGGCACCGGUGCUGCUCAUACGUCCUGUCCGACCACUCGUUCUGUCCCCCCACUCCUCCCACAGUGGUCUCCCAGCUGCUCCUCCUCUGAUGGAUUCAUGGUUAUGUGAAUGAAUGUCCCGACCCCAGUGUAAAUGACCGGCGACCCAUCAUCAUUACCAGAAUGUGAAUAAUGAGCUACGAUACAAACUCGCGUCACCUGCUGUAAUCUAAUACUCCUGUGGGUUAGAGUCUGACGGUUGCUCCCUCCAUUAGCGACGCCACAGCGUUUCGUGAAAACCUUCGCCUCACCCCAGUGGCAUGACUUGACCUAUUGCUCCUCUCUAGAAGCUGAAGGUCCAACGGUGCAUAAGGCUUUAUAGUAUUUAUUUUUCAGUAGUGUAAAGUAGCGUCUUUGUUCCAACAGUUCGGUAUAAUGUACCUGUGUAGAUGAAUGAGUGACAGCCUGACUCAAUUAAAACCCACUCAGUGAUAAUUACUGAGCUAACUGUCAAACUACUGUUACCUCCACCGCCUGCUGUAACAUUGGAUGAGACGUGUGAGCAUUAAGUGAGAAUGUGGAGGCGUGAGGGUUAACUUGUAUGCGAGGCAUUGAGGCUUUCAUUUUAAAUGACUCCCGUAGACCACACUAGUCCAUACAGAGCUGUGUGCUGGUGUCUGACCUUUGAACUAAUAUGAUUUGGCAAAUUAUACCAAAUAUUCCAUAGAGCUCAUUUAGACAGAGAGUUGACUUUUCUUUUUGUAAGACUGUAAAACAGAAUAGAAGUCAGAAGUCGGUUCUUUUAAAGGAAAGCAUGACAACUCGGUGUAUGAUGCUGCUGUCUUUGUGUUGUUCCCGUCAUUGCUUUUGAACAGUCUGAAAUGUCACAGUUCAAAAAGGACACUGUAAAUAACGUUGAGAAAAACAUACGACUAGAUGUAGACAUUUCUAUGAUUAAUUUUCAUUGCUGUAAUGGAAUAAUACAUAAAAGAGAACAUUGUGCUAUACAUGGCUGAUUGAAAACGGACUGUUGUAAAAACCAGCACAAGACAACGACACAGUAACUUUCUGAAUGUACUUAAGGUAGACGUUGAGGCUCCAUCUUCUUUUCAGUAACGCAUCGUUUCCCCAGUAGACCCUGAUAGAUAGGAGUAGUGGCGUUCAGCACAUCCCACAGACAGGCUGCGUACACGAUGCUAAUCGUGUCACCUUCUGUAGCGGCCUGCAACUUUUCACAUUCGGCAGGUGUGUGUGUGUGUGUGUGUGUGUGUGUGUGUGUGUGUGUGUGUGUGUGUGUGUGUGUGUGUGUGUGUUUGUGUGUGUGUGUGUGUGUGUGUGUGUGUGUGUGUGUGUGUGUGUGUGUGUGUGUGUGUGUGUGUGUGUGUGUGUGUGUGUGUGUGUGUGUGUGUGUGUGUGUUAGAACGGGCGAAUUUAAGGCUUAGCCGAACAAACCUGCACCCAACACCAGAGUGUAAAGAGGCCACAGCUGUAGUGAUGUGUAGUGUCAGUGUGUGUAGUAAGUCCUUAAACACACCCCACUCAGGCAUGAUAGUAGUAAAACUUACUGUAUGUCUCUAAAUCUCUGAAUGUCUGAACAACACGAAGCGUAAGAAUGCUCCGUUUAGGUUACUCUCUUCAUAAACAGCUUUUCACCGAAUGACUCAUAAGUUUUCAUAUUUAUGAUCAACAGAGUAUCUUGUAAAGGUAAGUGAACAGGGGUUGCCCCUGAUUUGUGAAUGGAUUUUAAGUGCUUGGUGUGUCAGGUUGAUUUCCUUUAGCCACUGAAUUCAGUCAGACCAUCCUGGUUUGCAAAGGUCACAUCGUGGAAUGUUUUAUUCAUGCAUUCAUUUGACUCUGUAGGAGAGUUGAUCCACAUCAAAGUCACUUUAAACUUACAUUUAUUUUGGUUUCUUUAAAAGUCACAUUUGUCCAUUCAGAGUACAAUCAUUUGCUUGUAACUUGUGUUUUUGUUUAAUUCCCGGUCUCAGCAUUAAUCUUGUGUUCCUCUCGCGAGGCGGGUUGAUUGCAGGUGGCGGUUGCAUUCUGACAAGUGACGAGAAGGCAAAGAGCCCUUGUAUAAUUUGUACAGCUACGUUAGUGAAUGAUAAUGUUGUAUGUUCACAGUUUAAGUCAGUCGAUCUUGUAAUGAUACUACUGAAACCAUAGAUGAGAAUAAGCUUGCCUGUGUUUCCCAAACCACUGAAGGUUUCCUACCAGCAUUUAGCAGACGUAGAAUGGUGUAUACCGUAGUUAACGCAAAUCACAUUUGUACGUACGUCCUCUGUCAGACUCUAGACUUCUUCGUUGGUCUGUCCCCUAACUUCCCAACAAAAUAUAAACAAUGUUAUGAGAUUUUAAUUGCUGCAUUAUUGCCUUUUACAAUGCUGUGUUUUGGAUGUAAUUAUUCUGUAUUUUUUAUUUAUAUGUAAUAAUUAGUUGGAUCAAGGGUCAUGCUUUUCACCUGUAAUGUAAUUUUAAUAGCUUGUGUGAGAAAACCUUUAGACAUGGAAAAACAUAAAGAGACACAUGGCUUGAAUGAUGAGCAGUGGCAUUAAGCACAAGUCACAAUUAGAGAAUAAAGGUUAGACACUGGCUGUGUGACAGGUUCUAGGGCUGUUCUAUCGCCGUUCAGCGAGCUGUUCUUCAUUUUCAUUUUGAACGAACCAAAGACCGGCUCCACAGGCGCAGACAGACAUCCUGAUUUGGCAAAAUGUUCUCUGUUGUAUCACUGUAUUUGCAAGCAAUCUGAUAAAUUAAACCUGGUCAAGCUAAUUAAUAGUGUAAUAAAAAUGAAUGACCCAU